AUUGCAAGCUUUACUGUUCAAUCAGAGGUGCAGUUUUGCCGACUGAAGUGAACCAUGGGAAUCUUCUUGUUCAUUAGGUCAAUAACUAUGCCUUCCAGUCUGUUGUAUGCAUUAGUAGAGUGAAGGCAACAUGGCUCUAGGAUGUAGUUGGAUCAACAAAGAAGUGUUUGCAACAUCAGGAGUCAAGCAACAUACUGAACCACAUCUUCCUUAAACUACCCCCUCCCAUCAGAUUUGAGACUCCGAACACGUUUCUUUUGUCAAACUUUUUAACAGCAACCCCUUCAAUAAUAUAUCCCAUGAGCAUGCAAAAGUGUCACAAUUGGAUUCAUGUUGGACUACAAUAUCAUUACUUCAUUGCUAGUUGUGAACAUGAAUAUGUAAAAUUAGCCAAUGCUCAAUUUCAGAUCCUGAAGGUUCCCUGUAAAUACCCAUGUCUCAUUUUGAAACCAGGGGUGGGUGGUGGUGGAUAUAGCCACAAGGGCUAUAUCUAGCAUUAUCCUGUUUACUGGAUGUGGUAGAUAGCUUGGUGGUUGCUAUCUGAUAUAUCAUAUAUGCAGGGUGUGCCAAGAACAAAAAGGUCAUGGAAGCUCUUUGAAAAAUAAAAAAAGAGAAACACAUUGAUGUGUUUUCCCAGCUUGAGCUAUAUUCGAUUGCUGGUUCCUCCCCUUGUGUAACUGUGCAUACUCUUCUCAUUUUGUAGGUCUAUUCAUUCAUCUGGCAUGUUUCAUGGAAAGAUUAUAAUAUGGCGGUUGUAGAUUUCGUUUGCAUCUUACAUGAAGCAUUAUUUUCAAGUGGUUGCUGUGUUCAGUUUUUAGCUUCCGUUGCUCACUUUGGUGCUGCUUUUGGUGUUAUUUGCAGAAGAAGAGUUUUUUUUUGUUUGUCGUCUUGCUGCAGAAUUACACCAUUUGCUUAUAAACCUUCCUCUGAGAAACCUACGUAGAGUGACUCUACUUGCUGCUGCGCUUGCAUGGGCUUUGUUGCGCAUGCUCAAUAUUGGUACUGUCUCUACCAUGUUGGCCUUGACCUAGAUGAGCUAAGGGAGAGGAAGUAACGGGAAGCCAGGGAGAAAGGUCAGAGUAAACAGAGAGUGAGAGGGACAGGUCAGCAGGGAUAGGAUUGAGAUGUAGAGGGGUGGAUUCUGAGGGUGGGAGGUGAACAAAGUAGCCUUAGGGAUCCUCUCGUAUUCCCAGUGGUACAAGGGUCAGAUGACUGUGUGGGGCUAUCUGUUCUUCUUUCCUUUCAUUUUUUUCUUCCCUUUUUCAUUUGGAAUGAUUUUGCCAUUGCAAAUGUUUCCCAUCCAGGAAAUGCCAUCGCAAAAGGCCUAAUCUGAAAUAUGCCAUGCAGUUUACAAAACUUGCCCUUAUUGGCCAUUGCAGCCAGUGCCAUUGGGCCGUUAAUUUCUUCAAAAAAAAAGCUCACGUUGGCCCUGUCUUCAACCUUUGUCUUCAAGUCUUUAUUCAAUCCAUUGGAGCCUCCACAGGAUUUAGCCUUGCUUCCACGGGAGCUUCAUGAUUGCACGGCAUCAUCUCUCCAAUGUGCUGCCAGAAGCAGUGGAUGCAACAUAAUGGGACACGUCUUCUGCUUGGUGUUCUCGCCACCUGUCACCACACUGCCUGGCAGCUGCAUAAUCCACCCUCUUCCUCUGCGAUGCUAAGCCUCCCAGCCCACCUGCUGCCAGACUGCCUUGUUUAAUCCUUCCAAUGGCAAAUAAGGACAUGCUCUUGCUUAGUCAAGGGCACAUGAGAUAGAUAUCAUGCACGCAUUGGAAGCAGCCAAGGUUCCUUCCAUUUCAUGCAUGGGAAAAAGAAAGCCAGGGGAAUGAGGGAGAAGAAGGCAGGGUUUUGUGCCUCUGUUACGGCUUGACCGGUCAAUGACAAAUAAGAGUAAGGUUUGCAACAUGGAUGGCGUAUUUUGGAUUCAGCCUUUUGCAAUGGCAAGUUUACCAAAAUUAUCAUGUUUACAGACCUCAUUGAUGUACCAGACCAAUUUCACCUAUCUGAAAUGGGUACCAGUGUAUCACAAACCUAACAAACUUCUAUUUUAGUAAUUACAGUUUAAGUUUGUAUCAAUAAAUGUUGUCUUAAUUCCUAUCACAACAAUGAAUUUGAUGUUACAUGUCUGUGGUUUAACAUGUUUAACAUUACAAGAUGACGAUUUUAUGAAACGUAGUGUCUAUUCAAUUAAUUUCUACCAAUUAAAGACCACAUAUAACUUGUUUCUGGAAUAUAUUAAAAUUGCUGUCAUCAUAACUUUUUAUGGACAAAUAAUUGAUAGUCGUGGAAUCUUUUGUUGCAAAUGAUUUACCUAUUGCUGAAACAGUGUAACCCUGUUUUGUUUAGGCUGCGGAUAGUGUGCAAUUUUACCAAGAUCCUUUUAGAAUCAGACUUUCUGGGUCAUGCAUGAUUUUUGUUCACAUUUAAUACUGCAUGCUGCCAUAUCAUGUAGCUUUUCAUGACUCAUUUUCUAGUUGAUUGAUCUUUUCUGUAGGUUUUUUUAAUGUAACAGCACUUUGAUGGCAAAUAUUUGAACUUGCAUAUUAAAUGUUUCCAUUUCAUAUUGAAAAGCUGGCUUUGGCCCUGCUUAUUUCAGCUUGUAGAUUGUGAAAAGCAACUUGCAGAUAAUAACAAUCCGCAAGCUGGUGGGGAGCAGAUUCUUGGAUUGUAACAAUCCACAUGCCGGAUUGUUACAAUCCACAUGCCGGAUUGUUACAAUCCAAUGUAAGAAGCUGCAUGUUUGUUUCAGCUUGUGAUUGUAAAAGCUAAAAUCCACGAUCCCAAGCCUGAGAUGAACAGGGUGUUACCCUUGGUUGCCUAAAAGGUUCCAGUUGAUUGUUGGAUGUGCACGAUGCAAUCAGAGUAGCAAGGUUCCUCUGGUUAAUUACUGCCGGCAACUGGCGUCAACACUCUCUGUCCAUGAGACGUGCUUCACCCAAACAGCAGACUCACUGUUCUUUAUGCAUGAUGGACUGCAGCAGGCCCGUGCUCCCAUUUAUGAUGUUCCAUUUGCUACAGAAGUCCUACGUACAGGGAGUUACAGGAAGUUACCAAAAUGCAUAGAGGAAAUAGGUACCCAGAAUAUGCUUUUGCAAGAUGAACGAAGGCCUACUUUGAAGAAAUUAAACACCCUUGUACGGGCAAAAUUACUCGAAAUGCCACUUCCUAAAGAAAUAUCUGAGGUUUCAGUGACUGAUGGGAUAGCCAAUCUUCGUGUAGAUGGAGAGUUUAAAGUUCUUCUUACAUUGGGUUACCGCGGACAUUUCUCGCUUUGGAGGGUAUUGCACAUGGAGUUACUUGUUGGUGAGAAGACUGGACCUAUUAAACUUGAAGAGACAAGAAGAUAUGCUUUGGGCGAUGAUAUUGAACGGAGAAUGGCUAAUACUGACAAUCCCUUCAUGAUUUUGUAUACUGUACUGCAUGAAUUAUGCAUCUCUCUUGUUAUGGAUACUGUAAUUAGACAGGCUAAUGUUCUACGACAGUGUAGAUGGAAAGAUGCAAUAAAAUCUGAACUUAUCUCAGAUAGUAGUGCAGCACAAGGUGGGAAUGCUCCAGUGCAGCUUGGGCAAGAUGGGGAACUUGACCUUAGUGGUUUCAGGAUUCCUGGUUUGAAGGUGCAUUACUGGCUAGAUGAAAACAGUAGUGGCUCCGCAGAACCUGAUUUAUCCCCAUUUAUCAGUAUUGAGGCAGGGAAGGAUAUGCUGAUAAGUUGUCUGCACAGCACAUUUAUACUGGAUCCGCUUACUGACAAAGAGGCCAAUCUUUCUAUUGAUCUAAGAUGCAUUGAUGUUGAAGCACUUAUUUUGAAAGCAAUUGCUUGCAAUAGACACACUCGUCUUCUAGACAUUCAAAGGGAAUUGAGCAAAAAUAUUCAAAUUUCGCAAUCACCUACCGAUGUUGUCCUGAAAAGAGGGGUUCAUGUAGAGGGCUUAGGGAAGAAAGUGGAUGGAAAGAACUUUGAAAAUUCUUGUACAGAUGAAGUUCUUCAGAUUAGGGCAUAUGGGCAAUUGUAUAUUCACCUUGGGAUGAAUAUCAGGAGUGGUCGCCUCCUCCUUCAAUCAUCGAAAAAUAUAUUGCUACCUUCUGCACUGUUAGAAUCUGAAGAAGCCCUAAACAAAGGGAGUUCAACAGCAAUUGAGGUUUUUGUGAGUUUAAGGACCAAGAGCAUCCUCCACUUAUUUGCUGCAACUGGAAGGUUUCUGGGUCUUAAGGUUUUCUCUCAGUCCCAGGUUACUCUAAAGAUUCCAAAGUCAGUGUUACAUGGUUCAGAUUUUGUGGUCAUGGGGUUUCCUCAGUCCGCAAAUGCCUAUUAUCUCUUGAUACAGCUUGAUAAUUACCUCAGGCCUGUUUUUCAUUUGCUUGAGACACAGACUGAUGAAAGUAACAACUCUAAUGCUGAUGCUAACCAGGUUAUAAGGUUUAAUAGGAUUGAUAUUAGUCAUAUGCAAAUAGGCGAAGAUGAAUAUAGUGUGAACUUAUUUGAUACUGGGAAGGUGCUACAAGACAUUGAAGGUAGAUCAUUCAGACCAAGCGGAAAUGGAAAGCUUCUGCCCUUGACACCGUCAUUUUCGCCUUCUUUUUCUUCUCUUGUUGAUGAAGUAUUUGAGCAUAAUACAAGUUCUUCAACUAUAGAAAAUCAACUUUUGCCACCUUCUAGUUUGCCCUCUACUCACUUAAGUUCUUUUCAAGUUGGUCCUGAGGGACUCAGUGGCACAGCUUGCCUACCUGAGCUGGAUGGAAACUUAAUGCAUUCUGACAUUAAUAAUUCUGAAGUUACACCUGAUGUAAGCUUGAACAGUGAUCCGCUGAGUAACAGUUCAGGCCCUGCCAGAAUUUCAUCCAUGUCAUCAGACUGUAAGUCUGGUCAUGGCCUCAGCUCCUUGAGAUCUUUAGGAGGCCAUAAUAUUGUGCAUGGAAGUAAAUCUCUUCAACUUUUUUAUUCAGAUGGCCAAGAAGUUUUGGGAAAUAUCUCCACUACAAAACUUGGAGGACCUUCUAGAAAACGAUCUCUUUCGGAGAUUUUAUUGAAUACCCCAUCAUUACAACAAUCUAGAAUUAGCAAUGGACCAAGAAAACGAAGAAAAGCAUCAGAGCUUAUGAAGGAUGGUGUUCUUUAUAAGGAAUAUUCAUCUGGAAAACCCCUAACAUAUGGAAAUAUAUUUACAGAAGAAAAUCAUUGUGUUACAUCAGCUAUUUAUGCUUCCGUACUUCGUCAUGUCAUAAAGCACUGUUCAGUUUGUAUCAAGUAUGCUCAACUAACUACCCAGAUGGAUUCUCUUGGCAUCCCAUAUGCAGAAGAAGCAGAGCUGGGGACACCAUCCUCUAAUCUUUGGUUGCGGUUACCGUUUCUUAAAGAGGAUUCAUGGAAACAUGUAUGCUUGCGCCUAGGUAAAACUGGACGUAUGUCUUGGGAUGUUAGGAUCAACGAUCCAUAUUAUGGUUCACUCUGGAAAGUCCAUGGAGGCAGCACUGCUACUGAAUGGGGUAUUGGUGUUCGUAUAGCGAACACUUCUGAAAUAGAUUCACAUAUCACUUUUGAUGAUGAUGGGGUCGUUUUGACUUAUCACACUGUUGAGGUUACUAGUGUACACAGGCUUGUCUCAGAUUUACAACGGCUUUCAAAUGCCCGUGCAUUUUCUUGUAGAAUGCGAAGAUUGAUUGGUGUAAAAGUUGAUGACAAACGAGAUGAAAAAGUGACAUCUGCAGGCACGAACCUACUCCCCGCAAGAAAGGGUAGCAAACACAGGCUAUCUGAUCAGAUUAGGAAAAUUUUCAGGAUUGAAGCUGUUGGUUUGAUGAGCUUGUGGUUCAGUUAUGUUGCUGCGCCUAUGGUUCACUUUGUUGUUGAAUGGGAGUCUGGUAAUGAUGGUUGCACAAUUCAUGUUUCUCCAGAUCAACUUUGGCCGCACACAAAGUUUUUGGAGGAUUUCGUGAAUGUGGGUGAGGUAGCAUCAUUCUUGGACAGCAUCAGGCUUACAGCUGGACCUUUGCUUGCCCUUAGUAUUGCGAUUCGCCCUGCAAAAAUGCCUGUGACAACUACAAGUUACAGUUCUGUACCAAAGCAAAACAUCUUCCGGGCACAGGGGGCACCGGCUAAUGACUCAUCAUCAACUACUAUGCAAAAUGUGUCUGCCUCACUGGGCCCUUCAGCAGCCCAUAUUACUCAAAAUGUGUCUGCCCCACUGAGCCCUUCAGCAGCCCAUUCUAACAAUCAUAAUCUUCAGAGUUCCGUGCUUUCGGCUACAGGGCGGGGUGGGCCUGGAUUAGUUCCUAGUCCAUCAUUACCUUUUGAUGUUACUGUUGUGCUACGUGGUCCAUAUUGGAUACGCAUUAUAUAUCGCAAGAUUUUCUCUGUUGACAUACGCUGCUUUAGUGGGGAUCAGGUGUGGCUGCAGCCAGCAACCCCUCCAAAGGGUGGACCUUCAGUUGGUGGAUCCUUACCUUGCCCACAAUUUCGACCUUUCAUAAUGGAGCAUGUUGCUCAGGGUCUAAAUGCUUUUGAAUCCAAUUAUAUGAGUGCUAGGCAUAGUGGUGCACAAUUGAAAGCCAAUGUCAAUACAGCUUCUGGAAGUCAGCAAUCAGCUCCUGCUCUGAACCGCUUUCAUGGUGCUCACGGUGUAGCUAUUUCUAGGCCAACUGCAAAUGUUGGGAACCAGGUGGCACCUACUUUCACUCGGACAGGCAGUGCCAUGGUGGCUUCUUCAAAGUUUGCUUCAGGAAUUGCUGGAGCCCCACAUCUUUCUCCUGGAUCAAACCUUCCUGUUCAUAUGAAGGGUGAGUUGAGCUCAGCUUUUACUGGUCUUGGGGACGAUGGUGGCUAUGGUGGUGCAUGGGUUCCUCUUGCUGCUCUUAAGAAGGUGUUGCGAGUCAUCCUUAAAUACCUUGGAGUUCUAUGGUUGUUCUCUCAGUUUCCUGAACUUCUGAAAGAGAUACUAGGGUCAGUUUUGAAUGAGAAUGAAGGAGCACUUUUAAAUUUGGAUCAGGAGCAGCCAGCACUGCGUUUUUUUGUGGGUGGUUAUGUCUUUGCAGUUAGUGUUCAACGAGCUCAACUGCUUCUUCAAGUUCUUAAUGUAAAACGAUUUCACCACCAGCAACAGAAACAGCAGCAGCAAGCUCAGAGCCCAGCUCAGGAAGAGCUAGCAACAUCUGAGAUAAAUGAAAUAUGUGACUAUUUCAGCAGGCGUGUCGCCUGUGAACCAUAUGAUGCUUCUAGGGUUGCUUCUUUUAUCACUUUGCUUACAUUACCCAUUUCAGUUCUGCGAGAAUUCAUAAGUCUAAUUGCAUGGAAGAAAAUUCAGUCUCAGGCUCAUGGGGAAAUUGCCAGCGCACAGAGGGUUCGGGUUGAACUCUGUUUGGAGAAGCACCAUGGAUCAGAGUCAAAUGACCACACUGAGAGUUCAUCUUCAUCAAAGAGCAACAUUAAGCAUGACAGAGCCAACCGUUCAGUGGAUUUUGGCCUAACUUUUGUACUCGACCAGGCUCUUAAACAUCAUACGAACAUUGGUGGAGCUGCUUGGUUGCCGUAUUGUGUGUCUGUGAGACUGAGGUACAACUUUGGGGACAAUGGACAUGUCACAUUCCUUGCAAUGGAGGGGAGCCACGGUGGCAGAGCUUGCUGGUUGCAAUAUGAAGACUGGGAAAGAUGCAAGCAAGCUGUUGACCUGGCAGUGGAGUCUGCAAAUGGGUCCCCCGCCACUGGAGAGAUAGGCCAGGGGAGAUUGCGACUGGUGGCUGAGAUGAUCCAUAAGCAACUACAACUUUCCCUGCAGCAGCUAAGAAAUGGCCAACUUUCUGCCAGUUGAAAUAUACCUUCACAGUAGUACAUGGAUGACUGCUGUCAGAUGAGGGAAUAUGUUUGGUGGAACUAUGAUGAAAAGAUGCAAAGGUGCUCAACAGAGUGCCAGAGUGGGGGUAACAAUAGGAGUUUUCUGCCAAAGGCUAUUAUGAUGCCCGCCUCUUGCACUCUAGGCACAUCACAAUUUUGUACAUAAAGAUUGUUAACUUAAUAGUAAUAUGAUGAUCACAACUAUUCAACCCCCAAAAGCUUGUGGAGGGUGGUCGUAGUGUCGGACAACAUGCCACCAUGAUAGGCAUCUAACCUAUCAAUAAUUUGAUCAUUUGCUUUUCGAAAGGACGCAGUUCAGGAUGGGGAUGCACCAAGUGUUGAGGCAGUUGAAAUUUUGAGCGUUUCUUGAGGUAUUUGCAGGAGGAUAAUGAACUAGCUUUAUUUGAAAGUGAUUUUAAGGAAACUCAAGCAGAUGUGGCUCUUGGUAUGUAGUAUUGUGGGGUUCAGAUCAUGAACCAGAAUGUAUGUACUUCAGAAGAUUGCUGGUGGUGUUCCUGGUACAUACAUUUUAUACAUGUUUAGGCAGGAUAUAUAAUGGUGUGAUAUGCGGGGGAAGUGUACACCAGAUGUAGCACUAUUGUCUUGACAAUGUGUCAGUUUGUCUAAUCAAAACGUAAGGUCAGACUGAUUUCAAAAAGAUACAAAAUCAUCCGGCUGAUGAAUAGUAAUCCCAUUUCGAUAAUCAAUAUUA